UGCAGGUAUUUAAUAGCUGUACAAAGCAGGUGCAAGAGACAGUGGUUGGAGUAAUUCUUAUUCCAUCUCGGUAUAGCAGUUAAACCACACAAAAAAGGCAUAGAAGAAGAAGUAGUCUCAAAGCGGAACGAACGUGUUGAACGACAGGUUCAAGUCGGCAUGUAAACAGUGCAGCACACCAUCAACAUGCCUAGCUCCAGGUUAGCAAGAGCCUGUCGGUCAUAGUUAAAUCUGGCAAUACCACACAUGAAAGCCAGAAAGUCGUAUGUAGUGUGACAGUGAGGAUGAAACUGUACCAGGCGCUCCGUAAUGUCGGAACCUUCAGAACCGUGUUUGACUUCGGUGGACGGGACGUGGCCCAUUGGUUCCCCGGACACAUGGCUAAAGGACUACGGCAGAUGAAAGCCAACCUCAAGAGCGUGGACUGCAUCAUAGAAAUCCACGAUGCCAGAAUUCCCUUCUCUGGAAGAAACCCUGUGUUCCAGGAGAGUCUAGAUGUCAGACCACAUCUGCUGGUUCUCAACAAGAUGGACCUCACCGAUCUGUCCAACAAGCAGAGAAUCCUGAGGACGCUCGAAAAGAAGGGGGUGAGGAAUGUUCUCUUCACAGACUGUCUGAAGCAGAGAGAUGAAAACAUCAAAAAGUUGGUGCCAAUGGUGAUAGAAAUGAUCAAAAGCACACCGCGCUUUAACAGAGAUGAAAAUACAAAUUAUUGCCUGAUGGUGAUCGGAGUGCCCAAUGUGGGGAAGUCGUCUCUUAUUAACGCCUUAAGGAGAACGUACUUGAAAAGAGGUCGUGCAUCUCGAGUGGGUGGGGAGCCAGGUAUUACUAAAGCGGUCCUGACUAGAAUUCAGGUGUGUGAGCGACCCAUAAUGCACCUGUUGGACACACCAGGAGUCCUGCCCCCUAAGAUUGAGAGUGUUGAAACUGGGAUGAAGCUGGCUUUAUGUGGAACUAUUCUAGACCAUUUAGUGGGUGAGGACGUUAUCGCCGACUACUUACUUUACUCUCUGAACAGGCUCGGGAAUUUCAGUUAUGUAGAGAAGUACAGCCUCCAAGAGCCUUGUGAUGACAUCAAGGAUGUCCUCAAACGUAUUGCUGUAAAACUUGGAAAGACUCAGCGGGUAAAAGCCAUUACUGGAGUGGGGAACAUUACCGUCACUAUCCCAAACUACACAGCAGCGGCUUACGAUUUCAUCAGAGCCUUCAGGAGAGGCGAGCUGGGACAAGUGAUGCUCGACUGACCUCAGACAUUUUAACCAGAGAACCCACAAACGUGUCAUCAUGGGAACAUUCUGGUCUCUGCCCCCGUGCCUUCGACAUUUUGGGAACACCAUGCAGUUUAUUUUGUUUGUGGGUGACAUGAAAAGUCGGCAGAGCUCCGUGUCCUUUGUAAAUAAAACAAUUUAACUUCA